UGUCCCUAGCCAGAGACCAUCAUGUUUCUCCGUGCACCGAUCAGUACGACCGCUCGCCCGGAAUCGCAUCGCUCAUCGCUCCUUCACUCGCUGCGGGUCAUUCGUUCGCCCGGGGUCAAGACCCAUGGAAUGGUCCAAAAGCGGUGGCUCUACACGGCGGCUGCCUGCUUGGUGCUUUUUUUUUGGAGGUCGGCCGACUGGAGCGCGCCCAGUCCGACGCUGCGCCUCCGACUGGAGCGGCCCACCGCGGAGCGGCCGACCGAGCCGACCGAGCUGACCGUUCCGCCGGAGGUGAAGGUGAAUGAGGCCUUCGAGCAGAUCCGCCUUGCUCGUGUGCCACCCGCGGAGGAGCUGCUGACGCCGCCCUUCGCCGCGCUUCCCGCGGCGCGCGCGCCGGCGGAGAACAACGGGCGGACGCUGGUGAUCGUCGCAUUCGAGCGAAGCCCCAGGAGUACGAAGAAUGUGGAGUUUUUGUUGCAGCAGGUGGUCGGUGGGCCGAGAGCGCAGGAGAUGGAUUUUAUCUUUGUGGACACGUCCAGAGAGGGCCCCUUCCGUUGUUUUCCCGACUUGCCGAAUGUGCACUACGUGCACCGACCACGCGUGGGAUUGGACAUCUGCUCCUACAAGACAGGUUUGGCCAUCGUUCCUCCUGGGCUUUACAAGUAUGUGGUGCUCAUGAACGGCUCCGUCCGCGGGCCCUUCAGCCACUCAAGCGAUUUUCUCAAGCCCUUCAAGGAUCAGCUGAACGCGCGUACACCGGUGGUGGGCACCUCGGUGAACUGCGGGCCGCGGUUGCAUGUGCAAUCCAUGUUCUUCAUGCUGAACUCCGUCGGAACCGAGCUGAUGAACGCCACUCUGAGCUGCGAUAUCCCACACCAUGGCGCAGCGAUGCGCGGACCGCACGGGGAGCUCAACAUGUCCAGCAACGUGUUGCAGGCAGGCUACAACUUGGGGGCCACCCAGUUGAUGUGGCGACACCAGGACGUGACCAACAACACGGUGGUGAGGCGGACGUGCUACUACGUGGGCAGUGAUCCCUAUGCGCCUGGAAGAGAUCGUGAUCCCAUCACCUUGAAGACCAAGGCCAGGAGCCCCGAGCCCGUUCAUAGCGUUCUUGUUCCGUUCUAACGGCGAUGCCAGGAGCCCCGAACGCCCGCCCCGAACCGGCCCGCUACGAACGCGUUCCAGGACAUUGAUCCGGAAGACGUCAUCUUCUUCAAGACCACCCGGCUCGUGGGGCAGGAGCGGCUCCAGAACCUCACCUUGGAGUUUGAGGAGGAGUGCAGGCAACACCCGCACCGCUGUGGCACGCCUGUAAGCCUUGCCGCUGCCUCGUGCCCUGAAAAACCGACGACCACACCAAGCCGUUGAGCAACUGGAGCACAGAGCUCGACGAAGAUGGGCCGGAGGAGGAGCCCCUUUGAGGUGUGGGGGAGUGGAGCAGUUGGAGCAGUUGGAGGCCGAGAUCUUGGGUGAACGCCACAGAGGACUCCACUCGGCGCUCGCGAAAAAUAGAGCCUGAUCGGUUCACG